AUGGUUCCCUCUCUCGCCGCGGCCAGAUCGGCGACAACGGCCGCGCGUCAUGUUGCUGGCAGGCGUUUUCUGUCGGACAUUGCCAUAACGCGCACUGGCAAGCCCAUCCUACGAACGGAGGGUGGUCGAUCCUCUCUAGGAGGACACACUGCGACGGUAUUUGGCGCAACAGGACAGUUGGGACGGUACAUCGUGCACAGGCUGGCUCGACAAGGAUGUACUGUUGUCAUUCCCUUCCGCGAGGAGAUGGCCAAGCGCCACCUCAAGGUCACGGGAGAUCUAGGCCGGGUCGUUUUUGUGGAAUACGACUUGCGCAACACGGACUCGAUCGAAGCUAGCGUCCGCCAUUCCGACGUUGUUUACAACCUGGUCGGCCGUGAUUACCCGACCAAGAACUUCACUCUGGAGGACGUUCAUGUCGAGGGAACCGAGAGGAUCGCGGAAGCGGUGGCGAAAUACGACGUUGAUCGCUUCAUUCACGUUUCCUCCCACAGCGCCAACCCCAGCUCCGCGUCCGAGUUCUACGCCACCAAGGGACGCGGUGAGCAAGUUGCCCGAAACAUCUUCCCUGAGACGACAAUUGUCCGACCUGCGCCCCUCUUUGGUUUCGAGGACAACCUCCUCCUCAAAUUGGCCAGUGUCUUGAACCUCUUCACUGCCAACAACAUGCAAGAGAAGUUCUGGCCUGUUCACUCCAUUGACGUUGGUGCGGCAUUGGAGAAGAUGCUGUACGACGACUCGACGGCCGCACAGACCUUUGAGCUCUACGGUCCCAAGAAGUACCAGCUCUCGGAGAUUGCCCGCAUGGUCGACAAGGAGAUCUACAAGGAGCGCCGUCACAUCAACGUUCCAAAGUCUAUCCUGAAACCGGUGGCCGGUCUCCUCAACAAGUACCUCUACUGGAGGACGAUCACGGCCGACGAGGUCGAGCGCGAGUUCCUGGACCAGGUCAUUGACCCCAAGGCCAAGACCUUUAAGGACCUUGACAUUGUGCCCGGCGACAUUGCUGACUUUACAUACCACUAUCUGCAAGGAUUCCGCAGCCAGAGCUAUUACGACCUGCCGCCGGCGACAGAGAAGGAGAAGAAGGAGGACAAGAAGUAUAUCCACGUUCUGGAUGAGUUGUAA